AAUUGCUUUCGCUAUCCGCUGGACAGCGCGGUUGUGACGCGCAAUGUAGGCUGCUUUCAUGCGUGGCCCCACGGCCCCGCCGACGAGCGCUGCUGCAGGACAGGGCUUCGAGAGGCCGCAGAGGACUACGAAUAAGUUGGUCAGUGCAUGUGUCAUGGCCUCAGCGGCUUCACCAUCCAACGUUCAGCCCGCGCCGCCCGUACCUGCCACUAGGUUCGCCUGCGCCGCUGACGCACUGGCGUAUCCAGUUUCACUGGCGGCCGGCGCCUUCCCGCCCUCCUCAACACCUGCACCUGCGCACCCCAUCACCGGCGGCUCUGGCGCUGCACACGCCCCAGCCCCACGGCCCCGCCGACGAGCGCUGCUGCAGGACAGGGCUUCGAGAGGCCGCAGAGGACUACGAAUAAGUUGGUCAGUGCAUGUGUCAUGGCCUCAGCGGCUUCACCAUCCAACGUUCAGCCCGCGCCGCCCGUACCUGCCACUAGGUUCGCCUGCGCCGCUGACGCACUGGCGUAUCCAGUUUCACUGGCGGCCGGCGCCUUCCCGCCCUCCUCAACACCUGCACCUGCGCACCCCAUCACCGGCGGCUCUGGCGCUGCACACUGCCCAGCCCCACGGCCCCGCCGACGAGCGCUGCUGCAGGACAGGGCUUCGAGAGGCCGCAGAG